GGAAGUACUGUGAAGGUCUUUUGGCCAUGUUAGGAGUUUAGAUAACGUUUCACUGUUGUGGGUCCAGUGUCGAUGCAAAAAUGGGUGUUAAAAUAGAGCUGUUUCGAAUGAUGCUGUACCUGUCCUUUCCAGUGACCAUGUUCUGGAUCUCAAAUCAAGCUGAGUAUUUUGAAGAGUACGUAAUAAAGAGAAAGAGGGAGAUCUUCCCCGCAGACGACGGACUGCAAAGAAAAGAGAUGGAGGACUUCAAAGAGCGCAUGCGUUUGCGUAAGGAGCAGCAACUAUUAAAAGGGAUUUCUAUGGAGUCGGAGAAUUGAGGAUUAUGUGUUGAAGAAAGUCACAUCUCCCCAGCACCACUGAUGGAGUUUCUGCCAGUAGUCAUUUGGCAAAUGAAAACUGGCCAGACUGGAGUAAGAGCAUGACACAUCGGAAAUCUCUGAGAAGAUAAACACAUCCCUAAGGUGUGUUGGGCGUUCCUAAUAUGCCUUUAGAUCAUCUACAUGUUUGAUUGUUUUACCAACGACUUUUCAGAUGACAGAUUUCUGUGUUUGAAUGCCUGAUGAGUUUCUGUGAUUGCAUUGUCAUAAAAUUGUUAUUUGAGUUAUAUAUCCAGUUGGAUCUAAUGUAAUUUUCAUAAUUUAUUUUUUGAGGAGCAAUGCCUAUUAAAUGUAGAUGUUCUUUCCAUGUUUAGUGUUUUACAACAUUGUAUCACAUUGGAUGGAAUGGAGCAUUUUUGAUAAUGAAAAAAACAGAAAGAGACAUUAUUACCAAAGCAUAAAGCAAAUCUCCACAAACUGAUUUUAAUCAAGCACAAAAUACAAAGAAGCUGAUUGCGUAAGUGUUUAGCCCUCUUCAUAUCCGAUUUUAUUAGAGGCACAGAUGGCAGCAACUAUUACUUUUAUCCUUUGUUAAACAGUAACUUUUGAUUUAUGUUCUUGGUUAUCUUAUUGGAAAAUACAAUUUAAAGUUCACUAGUCUCCAGCAGGUUUUUCAUAUGUGAGAUCUGUAUUUUUGCUGCAUUCAUUGUAGAUGAAAAACAACUGGCUGAACUAGAGUUGAUUCAGUUGUGUGAUUCUAUGAUAUUUAAUUAUUUAUUUUUCUGCUUAUCACUGUUGUAAUAGCCUGAUUACAUCGACUGGGUUUGUAGAAAAACAGUUGAAGGGGUGGAAGAAUUUGACGCUAUAGGCACUGACUAUGUGUAUAGUUCUUUUUAACAUAUUUGAAAUCUGUUUUUCAUUAAAGUCAUUGUUAGUUUUGUUUUACCUUUUGUAACAGAAGCAUUGAUGAUGGUGCUUAGAUAUGAAGAUGCAUCUGAUGUGCUGUAUGGCUCUGUGGCCACAUCUUUAACCUCAGGUUAAGGAUGCCACUUUGUGACCAGAAGAGAGCUGAUUUGACCAGCAGCCAGUAUUUUUUGUAGGAACAGGGUGUUUAUGAGUAACCUGGGCAGAGGCAUUGACUAUGUAAAUGGAGUGUGACCCAAAUGUACCUUCUGGUUGAACGCAGAAAAUGUUUAUUCCUCAAAUAUGAACUUCGAGAACUCAAAAUGCCUCAACUUCUGGAAUAAAGUGAAAUGCUGAUUCCUGAAUAUGGUAAUGUUAUUACCCUAUUUUUCUUUAAAAAAAAAAAAAACAGCAUGUACUGCAUACUUUAUGCUGAUAGUGCACUUGUAUAUACAUUUAACACCUUGUAAGAAGUUGAGUGAUGAUGUUAUGACAUUUCAAAUCUUGUAAUAUUACAGUUAUAUAUCCAUUGUGCAACAAUUCAUAAAGCAUUUUGAAUACAAAGUAUCAAACUGAAAAUUACACCAUGACCCUUUUCGGACCUGCACAUCUAUCUUAUGAUCUCACAAAUAUGAAAAUAUGGGAGAGUGCCAUGCUUGGCUUGUCCAGACACUCUUGGAUGUGUCUAACCUUACCCAACAAACUGCUGAAUUUCACAUCCAUCUUGUUGAAGUGAUGAUGUGUUUUUUCCCCCAGGCUUAUCAGAUGAUACUCUCAAAUAUAAUUAGCAAUAAAAAGUGGCCUGUUGGAUGUCUCACCAUCGGUUU